AUGGCCUGGGGGAAGUCAAAGCCUCAACCGCCCCCCUCCCAGCUUGUCCCUCUCAUAAUAUUCAUCCUAGUCGUGGCCGGCCUCGUCUUUGUGGGCUACCAUGUCUACCAGAGCGCCACCAAGAUGAGCGGCAACGUGUCGGAGCGCAUGGGCAAGAAGAACGUGGUCUGGACCAAGGACGGUCUCAAGGUCGGCGUCAAGCAGGUCGAGAGCGAGAAGGAGGUCGAUGCCACCCAGCGCUGGGUCGUCAAUGCGUGGAACCUGUCGUCGGACAAGUCUGGCAAGAAGAACAAGUGA